CUAACUGUAUGAAUAUGACGUCGCUAUGAUUAAGAAGUAGAAAAACAAGUUGUUCACACUUGGUGCCAAUACCUAGGAUACACUUGAAACAAAACUAAUAAUAUUCAUUCUUAACGAAUGGAAUUCAAUUUUUUUUUCGUUAUUUUUCGUAACUUUUGGUUGAUAAUUGUUUUAUGAAUACUUCGGUGUACUUUUUGGAACAAUGAAAUCGAAUACGCGAAUAGAUAUUAUAAAAAAUUUUGAUAUCAAUUGCAUUUAUAUCUUAUUGUUUUAUUUCAGUCUGUGUUUUAACGCAAAUUAUUCUUCUAGUGAUUUUACGUUGGAAAGGCCUAAAAGACAGACUACGAAUUGUUCAGACACGCAGUUUCAUUGCUCAGACGGACAAUGCAUCGAUGAUUCACUAGUUUGCGAUGGAAUAGCACACUGCUCAAAUAAUUCUGAUGAAAAUGAGGAACGAUGUCUUCAUAUGUACUGCCCAUCGUAUAGUUUUAGAUGUGCGUAUGGAGCUUGCAUCGAUAGCACAACAAUAUGUAAUGGAAAGCCAGACUGUGCAGAUAAUUCUGAUGAAUCACCAUCCAUUUGUCCAUCUAACAACGUGGUAAAUCAUGAAACUGUCUGUGGAGAAAAUAAUUUUCUGUGUGCCUCAUCUACGAAGUGCAUCAAGAUAGAUUCAAUUUGCGAUGGAUCGAACGACUGUUAUGAUGGUUCAGAUGAAACUUACGAACUUUGCAAAAAUACACCAUGUGACAAACGAUUCUUUCGAUGUGAUUAUGGAGCUUGCAUAGACAUGAAUUACCGCUGUGAUGGUAUCAAACAGUGCAUUGAUGGAUCUGAUGAAUCAGCUCGAACAUGUAACAAAAGAAAUAAAAACGGAACUGAAAGACAGACAACAACACCUGUUUCUAUCUCUAGUGAAUUUUGCACUAUUCCUUCAUCCUUUCUUGAUAAAACUGUCAAAUAUCAAUGUCACGGAAAAUCUGAAAAAUCGUGCUAUACAAACGGCGAUAAAGUAGCACGUCAACUCACAGUUGCAACAUUCCAGUGCAAUCUGGGAUAUGCUCGAAAAGAAGGAAAUAAAUUCCAGUCAGUUUGCCUAGAUUUGGGAUGGCAGCCUCCAAUUUUCAAUUGUACUAAAAUAUGCGAUAAAUUGACUCCGGUCGAUGCAGAUCUCAAAUGUUACCACAACGGCGUAAGUGUUAGUUGCGAAGAUGAUUUAAUUGCUGGAACAAUAGUACAUCCAAUUUGUAAACAGUCGCACGUGUACAAAGAUUUUGUACCAGUUUACGAAGAAAUAGUCUGUCAAGAAGACGGAAAAUGGAAUAACCCUUUACUUACUUGUAUUCCUGGCACAGCAGGUUACAACCUAAUACACAUCAACAUUGUCAUUUUAUACCUACUCUUACUCGCUUUAUUUUUUUAUUUCCGAAGAAAACUUUCAAAAAUUCUUAAUGGUAAAAUAUGACAUGUGAUGAAGAAACAUUAAAAAUAUUUUCCAUUGCGUUUAA